GCUUUGAUGUGUGUUACUAUAUAUAAAGAAUGCAAACUUUCAGGGCACUUUGGCUUGUUCCCCCAGAUGUCCCCAUCACCUAGAAGAGUGGCUGACCUUUAGCACACACUCAGUGAUUACUGUUUAACUACAUGAACAGAAAAGAACAUGAAGCCACAGGCUUAAAAUAGGAAAGUAAUUGAAAACAGGAGGAAGCACUUAUGUCAGAAUCCUGGCUCCCUGUUUAUCGCUGCUUGACCUUGCGCAAAUAACCUCCCUGUUCUUCAAAGUUCUUAAGGAGACUGUAGUAAGAGUACCACUUCCUUAGUUUGUUGUGAAGAAUAAAUGUUUAAACAUACUGAGUGCUUAGAACAAUUCUUGUCUAAAACACUGAAAAACUUUAAUUAAUUAUGAUUUAGCAGCAACCAGCCCAAGGCCAGGCAUCCACUCAGCCAGAUCUGAUCUAAAUUCUCUCACUCCUCCUACACUUUUUAAAAAUAUAUACAAGACUUGGCAGAUAUCAGAAGAUCCUCUCUUUCCAAAAUAGCUCUUUCACAUACUGCUUGGUCCUUCCUAUAUGGACAGAAAUUUCCACCAUGGCAGUCAUUCUGCUACAUCAGACAGGAAAGCUGAGCAUUUUCUAAUAAAACAAGCACCUUUUCCCAAGGGUGUACUGGAAAUCACAAACUAAGGCCUUCCUUUUCUAUUAGCUAGCCUUCCGCAUGAACUGCAGGCAGGUUGGUGUGUCAGAGGGCCUGGCAAUGAGUAGAUUUCAAAAGCCUAUCAGAGAUACCCUUUUUUAACCUCUGCAGUUAACGAUAAGGGGAGCGGGGGUGGGGAUGGGAGUAAAGGGGGAACUUUUAAAAACGACGUGAACACAAAAUUUUAAAUCCCGAGAAAGUACACUGAGCCAUUUGAUUUUGUUUGUUUCGUUUCUGUUUGAUCAAGGGCACUAAGCCCCUUCCUGGGAUAGGCAAUGAGUAGAACCCAGAUGAGGACAGGUGUGCCCACCGUCCCACAGCGUCUGGCCUUCCAAAGGAGGAACAACAAACCAAAAGCCAUUUUCUUUAAGGCUUCCACUUUUCCAAUCCAAUCCUUCCAUCUGCAUUCGAUGAUCUUGGCAGCACGGUGAGGGUGGAUACAAAACCCUUUUCAGAAGAAUUUGACUAAAUCAAGUAAUUUUUUAAAAACGAGGCUUCCUUGUUCCUACACUUGGAGAAGUGACCUUGGAAAGAAGACGCACGUCAUCUUGGGCAUUUCAGCGGGCGCAGUGCGAAAGGUGUGUUUGGUGCCUCAGCUCUGGACAAAACCGAAGGUGGGAAUGGAAACUCGGAUAGCGCUGAGAAGUAAAAGAGGAUAGAAUCAGAAGUACGACAGAGGCAGCAGAGCCAGGGUGGGGGUAAGAAGGAGAAGAGGAGCGCCUGGGAGGGAUGUCACGCUUUUUGUCUUUAAAUGGUUAGAAAGCCGCAAGGUGGAGGAGGCUGAGAGGAGGGUGGAGGGAGAGGACGGAGGAGGGAGGGGGGAGGAGGGAAAAGAGAGAGAAAGGAGGACCGGGAGGAGGGAGGAGGGAGGAGGAAGAAGAGAGUGGAAGGAGAGGAGAGAGCAGGGAGAAGAGAAUGCGAGGAGAGGAAGGUGGAAGGAGAGGAGGGUGGAGGGAGAGAAGGCGGGGUUCACUCGCGAAGUUGGCCCGAGGCGGAUCCGGUUUCCUGCUCUCACCGCGGGGAGUCCCGGCGGCGCGGAGACCGCACCCGGGGCCUGCCCGUCCCGCGCUUUCCGAGCUCGGCGAGAGUUGGCUGCGUGAACCGGUGAAACGCCCAACGAAUGAAUGACCCUCCUACCGGGAUGGGGGCGCCGCGUCCCCGCGGAGGUACGAAUCUCAAGGACUUUCCCCGCAGCCUGGGGCGCGCUGCGUCCUUUCCGCGCCAAGUGGGGCGCGGGGCUCCCCUGUCCCCGCACGCCCCGAAAACCACGGCGGCGGGGACGAGAGUAAGCCGGGGCGGCGCCCACGAGGACCGCCGGGCCGGAGAGAACGUGGAUCGUGAGUCCUGGGUCAGAGAGAAAGUGCUCUUUCUUCUGCACCCUGAGAGGUGGUUGGGGACUCGAGAGGACCCUGCACGGGAAGAGGUGGCCGGUGGAGAGGAUCUUUCCCAGACAGGCGGAGACGAUCGGGAACUCGACUGCCCUUCUCCCCUCUUUCCACAAGAAAAGGGAAUUUCUGGCAGGGGUAUAGACUUAGAUGCUGCCUCUGGAGCCCCGCCGCGAGUCGCCGCAGCCCCACCGAAAUCCGUGCUUGUGCGGGUCGUGGAUUAUCACGUGACGGAAGAAGUCCUGCAGACCGCGUGGACGAAGGGCUGCAUGACCACACGGACCAAGGAGUGCUCCAUGACCGCCGUCACUUUUCGCACCAACAGGGAGUGAGGCAGACUAUGGGGCGCCGGGAGCGCGGGAGAUCCCCGGGCUCUCCCGGCACACAGAGAGAGGCACCCCUUGUCCACGCCGCGGAGAGAGGCUCCUUUUACGGUCCCCAAGGACCUGAUUCCCCGAGGAGAUUAAACAGGAAAGAGGAGCCUGAGGAAUGCUCCGGGCUGGUGAAUGAGCGAUAAUCCUUAAGAAAAGAAAAUGCUCUUCCGGGAACUCCAACCUGUAAUUAACCAACAGCAAGAACCUUUUGAGAGGCUGGCGCAACGCUUCUGGGAGGCAGACGAUGGCACCCAAUCCCCACUGAAGAACUGUAAGCAACAUAAUACCUCCAUUGUGGCUCAAAUACUGUGACGGUUUGGGGACCUAAGCCAUUCAGAAGAGGAGAAGAAAAGGUUUCCUGAUGCAAGCAGAACCUCAUCAGGUGAGGAGCCUGAGGAAUCUUUUCCCAUUCACAGUGUUCUGGGAGUGAAUCUAAAGUGAAACUUGGGCAUCCUCAAUACUAAGAAGUCUCUGAGAAUGGCUGGGUCUGGACUCUUGGGUCUUACCUCCACGUCACCAGGAAAUGUGAUCGUGUAAAAUUCUUAGGGGGAUUAAUCGCAAGGACUUCCGGAAGCCACUUGGCCACUCACGCGACCAUAAGACGAAUACACAGUCACGUAACCACCAUGGAUCAGGCCAGUGUCGACCUCUCUUAAAAUCUUUGUCCACCACUUCUGUCCUUGGAGAUUCAUUAUAUUUGACUUGUUGCUCUUGUUGGUCAUCACCAACACUUGAUGUGACUUUUUGCUUAAAAAAAAAAAGAAAAACUUUCUAUUAAAAUAAAAAGUUAUAUUCACUGCAGAAAAUUUGAAGAAAUAUUACUUUGUGAGGAAAAAGAAAAAUGGAAUAAAAGAAAAGAACUCUCCAUGACACCAAAUCUUUUAAAAUAUUUGGUAUAUUUCCAUCUGGUUUUAUUUAUUUAAUCUGUUUUUAAUGUGUAUACACUUUCCUGAGUGUGUGUACACUUUCCUGACCAUAAACUGUGUAUAAGAUCUGAGUAUUGUCUUUAUAUAAACUAACAUACACUGAUGCCACUCAAGGUGUGGUCUGUGAACGAGGCACAGAAUGAUGCAUGCGUGGGCAUCUCCAAGGAGGUUUUUAGAAAUGCAGAAUCUAGGCUCCACCCCAGGUCUACUUGAAUCAGAAUUUGCAUUUUGACAAGAUCCCUGGGUGAUUCACAUUAAAGUUUGAGAAGCAUUGACAUAUAUGCUGGAUUUAGUCUGUAUCCUGCUUUGUCACUUACCAAAAAUAAAACUUUUUUUUUUUUUAUAUUCUCCA